CGGUUUUACAAUUCUUCCUCUUCCGGUUGUCGUCUGUUCGUGUGGCAGGUAAACUACAGUCGCAAUGGCAAAGUCGAAGAACCACACGACACACAACCAGUCUCGUAAAGCCCAUAGGAACGGCAUCAAGAAGCCCAGAUCUCACCGCUAUGAGUCCUUAAAGGGGGUGGACCCUAAGUUCCUGAGGAACAUGCGCUUUGCCAAGAAGCACAACAAAAAGGGCUUGAAGGCAGCGAGGAAGGCCGCAGCUGCUGCUGCUGCCGCCGCCACCGCUGCCCCCAUCGCCGCCCCUGCUCAGAAAUGAUCUGUCUGCUCCUCACCCCACACACCUUUUGUGUCACAAUAAAGCAAUGCUUUAACAAA